UGGAAACACAUGCUGAUUCUGGCAUGCAAGCUUCAGAUGGAACCUGGGACCCUACCAACAUUAUGCACUUUGUCUCGAGAACCUGUGAAAUGAACCGUCCGACAGCCUGAAUAAAAUGGGAUAAAGCAAUGGUCCGGAGUUGCAUGCACUGUCCUUAUUGAUAAUCUGCAUAUAAUGUUUCUGAUUGCCUUACCUGGGUUGAGUUUUUUUCCCAAUUGACAUGGAUUCCUGUUUUACAUUUAUUUUAUGAUUAAGCAUCUCGUAUAGCUGUUACCACCUAUGUCUGAUUUAAUACUCUUUAAAGGGUAAUGCAUUUUGGUGAGAUAUUAAUGACAUUGCACACUACUGGCCAGAUACAACAUCAUCAAAUCUGCAUUCUACUCUCUCAUAUUAAUUUCAUGCUACUCAGAUGUAUUUAGCAUCUUACUAAUGCAGUGGUCUUUAGUAGCGAUGCUAUGAUUUAUUCUACGAUUUAUUGUUAGAUAUUACUCCAGUUCUCUGAUUAUAUACCACCACCUUAUGUCCACAAUGUCAUUUUAUGUGUAGUGUGUUUUUAGCCUGGGCACUGUACCAUUCCUCCUGUAACCAUUGACCUUUUUUAAUUUUAUUUUUUAUUAUGAGCAUUACCAUGUCCUGUUUGACCUACUCUCACGCAUUCAUCCCUCUGACAUGUUUAAGCAUGCUUUUAUUAUCAAUAAAUAAAUAAAUUGUGCAGUUGUAUUCUACGUCAUAUUAUUGUUUACUUGAUUCAGCCAGUCUGUGCUGGGGUGGCAAGUUGGGCCUGUCUUGUUCUCGCAUGUCAAAAAUAAAGAAUUAAAAAAAAAAAAAAAAGUAAGAUUCACUUGGAAUUUUCAUUGCAUUGUCACUUUAGUCACUAACCCUCUUUGUGUUGUGGGAAUUAUAUUUCUGGUAUAAAAUAGUGAGUGUCUCUCCCACACACGGACACUUAUCUCCAGAAAAAGCUGCCUGUAAUGCUGUUCCCCCGCCCCGUGGGUGGGUGCUAUUUCGGAGUGUAGCUCGGUUUCCUUUCCCCCUCCUGUUCGCUGUGGCUCACUCUUUGUUUAUUGCGGAACCUUCGCGCUCUCCGGCCGAGCUGUGAGGAAGGUUAUCUGAGCGUUCCACGCCAUUUCCGGUCCGGGCAACUUUCGAAGAUGGAGACUAUGCUGGAGCAGCAACGCCGCUACCAUGAGGAGAAAGAGAGACUCAUGGACGUUAUGACCAAGGAGAUGAUGGCUAAGAAAACCACGGUGAGCCCCCGGGGGGAGUGAAGGGGGAGCACCGGGACAUGCCGGCAGCCGGCCGCUGCUGUGGGUGCUCUGAGCGGGGAGCUCACACGGGGGGCUGGGGGGGGGAUGCACUCUGUCACCCGCUUAUAACCAGUCCGUGUGAGUCCAGCAGGUCUACAGGACACCGUCCGCUCUGAGCUGGAGUCAGUCACAUGGCUAAACCACUAUAGAUAUACUAUUAUUAUUAUUUAUAUAGCGCCAGCAAACUUUAGCCAACUGUGAUCUUAGGAAUCAAACUUCAUAACGUAUAAAUUAGGGGAAAUGAUUUCACCCUCCCAACAAAAAUUAAGGUUAAAAAAAUCAUUUUAACUAUUUUUUUAAAAUUUUUUUAGUUACUUGCGUGCACAGCUGGAUGGGACAGUACUGCUGCUGCAUGCAGAGCCCUUUCACCCUAUAAAAAAAAGCAGUAGCAUCUAUCUCCUUUUUAGUUUGUAGGGACUGAUUUUAUACCAUAAUCCUCUAAUCAAACAAAUUGUGGUAUAAUUCAUUUAUCCACAAUAGAGCAGUUACAGUUAUCACAUAGGAUGAUCAGUAACCUGAUAGCAGCCAUACUAAAGUGUAUACCAGUUUAUAGUCUAGUUCACUGUUUAGUGAAUUGGCCUGUGUUUGGGUUUCGUACUAAACAUUAGUAUGGGAGGGUUCUCUCUCACCUUCCACCUUUUUGGUGUGAUUAAUGCUGCCAUAUGCACACACAGUAAGGAGAAAAUUGACACUGGAAAUGUGGAUCUAAGUUUUCCAGCCUGUCUGGCAAUCCCAUGAGACCGUUAUAACUUUAGAUCAAUUCAGCCAUUCCAAUGCUUUGCCAUAGAAAAGAUUUCGGAAGCUAGUGUGCAUGCGCAGCAAAGCACUAUUCCGAUUAGAUGACAUCUCUUACUCUAUUUCAUAAAAGUGCAUCUAGUGACUGUUCGUAUGUCAGCCACUAGAGAGAGGUUAAAGGAUCACUAUAGUGUCAGGAAAACAAACUUGUUUUCCUGACACUAUAUCAUCCUUAGGACCCCCCACUCUUGGUGCUGAAGGGGUUAAAAUCCCUUCAGCUACUUACUUUAAUCCAGCGCUGGUGACUAGGGAUCGACCGAUUAUCGGUUUUACCGAUAUAAUCGGCCGAUAUUCGGUAUUCUCGGCAAUAUCGGUAUCGGCCAAUUCAGAUACCGAUAUUGCCGAUAAUACCUCCUAGGACUGCCAGGCUCAUUACAAGCCCGGCGGUCCUGGGGGGGGGGCAGAGAGCAAGCGCUUACUCACCUCCCAGCAGCUCCUCCAGCUCCCCAGUGCAACUUUCGCGAGACCCGCGGCCGUCAGAGCGUUGCCAUGGAUCACCAUGGCAACGCUCCGCGCGACACGCUGGCCGCGAGAGUUACACUGGGGAGCUGGAGGAGCUGCUGGGAGGUGAGUAAGCGCUUGCUCUCUGCCCCCCCACAGUGUGUGUGUGUUUGUGUAGUGUGUUUAAUGCAGUGUGUGUGUAGUGUGUGUAUAUAAUGCAGUGUGUUUGUGUAGUGUGUUUAUAUGUGUUUAUAUAAUGCACACUACACAAACACACUGCAUUAUAUACACACACUAUACAAACACACACACUCUGCAUUAUAUAAACACACUACAUUCACUAUACACACACUACAUUCACUAUACACACACUACAUUCACUAUACACACACAGUCUGCAUUCAUUAUAUACACACACACUUUGCAUUUAGUAUAUACAGCAUUCACUUUACGCACACUACCCACACACUACACAAACACACUGCUUUCAUUAUAUACACACUACACUAAUACACACUGCAUCCACUACACACACUAGACAAAUACACACUGCAUCCACUACACAAACACACAUUGCAUCCUCCACACACACUACACACACACAAUGCAUCCAUAACACACACACUACACAAACACACACUGCAUCCACUACACAAACACACACAGUUCCCCUGUCACACUGCAUCCACUACACGUGGCAUGUAUAUUUUGUGCAUUUACCUUUAGAAAUAGUUUUUAUUUUGGUAAAUGUACAGAAUAUCGGCAAAUUAUAUCGGCUAUCGGCCUGAAAGUUCACAGAAUAUCGGUAUCGGCUCUGAAAAAUCAAUAUCGGUCGAUCCCUACUGGUGACCUCUCCUCCCCCGCCGACGUCAGCUCCCGAGUGGACUGGUAUGCGCGCUAAGCGCCGCACGCGCGCAUUCAAACAGUCCAUAGGAAAGCAUUAUAUGCAUUAUAUAAACACACUACAUUCACUAUACACACACUACAUUCACUAUACACACACUACAUUCACUAUACACACACAGUCUGCAUUCAUUAUAUACACACACACUUUGCAUUUAGUAUAUACAGCAUUCACUUUACGCACACUACCCACACACUACACAAACACUCUGCUUUCAUUAUAUACACACUACACUAAUACACACUGCAUCCACUACACAAACACACAUUGCAUCCUCCACACACACUACACAAACACACAAUGCAUCCACAACACACACUACACAAACACACACUGCAUCCACUACACACACUACACAAACACACACAGCUCCCCUGUCACACUGCAUCCACUACACGUGGCAUGUAUAUUUUGUGCAUUUACCUUUAGAAAUAGUUUUUAUUUUCCAAAAUGGUAAAUGUACAGAAUAUCGGCAAAUUAUAUCGGCUAUCGGCCUGAAAGUUCACAGAAUAUCGGUAUCGGCUCUGAAAAAUCAAUAUCGGUCGAUCCCUACUGGUGACCUCUCCUCCCCCGCCGACGUCAGCUCCCGAGUGGACUGGUAUGCGCGCUAAGCGCCGCACGCGCGCAUUCAAACAGUCCAUAGGAAAGCAUUUCCUAUGGACGUUCUGCACGCUGGAUGCAAUUUUUCGCAUCCAGCGUCGCAGAAGUGCCUCUAGCGGCUGUCAGGAAGACAGCCACUAGAGGUUGGAUUAACCCUGCAAUGUAAACUUAACAGUUUCUCUGAAACUACUAUGUUUACAUAUGAAGGGUUAAAACCUGGGGGACCUGGCACCCAGACCACUUCAUUGAGCUGAAGUGGCCUGGGUGACUAUGUCCCUUUAAUCCUGCAAAGAAAACAUUGCCGUUCCUGCAGAAAUUAAUAACAAUUGUGAGCACCUACUUUGAAGAGUUUCCCUGCUAUUUACCAUCAUUAGCUAUAACUCAUGAUCGACGAUUGGGAUUUCACAUAUUGCACAGUAGUUGUCUAUGGAUCUGGGUUGUAACUAAAAUGAGAAGUUCAAGUUUAAAGCUAAAGGAGCUGAACUGGAAGCAUAGCUGAAUUGGAGAAUUUUUCUGGUAUGGCUAUUUUGACUUUAAAUUCCCACUUAAUUGUAUGGAGGCACCUAGUGCUUUUGCAGCUUUUGGCAAAUUAAAGGCCAUUAACUGAAGAGUAAAAUGUGAACACAUUGCCUUUGGUUGGGCUAUAAAUGCAAAAAAAAAAAAAGUGAUAACCGUGCCACUUUUAGUCCUUUGCCAUGUGCUCAUGUUCAUCUGGGAAUCACAUUUCUCUUCCAAUUAAAUGCUUUCUGGUUUGCUCCUAUAGAACCUAUGGAUCCCUUUGUGCCACAAGAAAAAUAAUCUCCCCCAAUCCACUUCAUCUCUUCACUACACAAUACAACCAGCAACCACCCCUUUACUCACAUGGAACUCAAAUGCUCUUCUGACAUGCACACUCUGAUUAAUAGGGAGCACAAGAACAUCAUAUUUCAUUUCACUGAUUUACAUUUUAUUGUAACACAGUCUGCUUCAUAAGGUAGCAAAUCUUGUUCUCUGAUAUAUAUGCUGAUACAUUGUGAAAUCUUCUUAUUUCUCUUGUAAUGAGCAAUUUGAUAUGUUGUUUUGAUAAAUGUCUGAAUACCAUAGAGUAUUUAGACCUUUGGACAUUUCAAAACAAAGUAGUUGAAGAAAUUGCUGCAAAUAGUAUUCACAGACCAAUUGUUUUGUGUCUUUUACAUUAAGACCUUGAAUAUCCACUUUUUUCCAUUUUGUUCUUAGUUUUAAUUAUAAAUAUCAAUUGUUGGUAUAUUCUGUGUAGGUAAUGUUUGCUUAUUUGCUGUAUGUGUGCGUAGUUAUGUGCAUUUACCAUUAUAAUACAAUGUGCCUGUGCCAUGCAGUUUCCUUAAUAACUAUUUUGUUCUUUAGUUACGAGAACAGAUUAAUUCAGACCACAGAGCCAGAGCAAUGCAAGAUGUAAGUAUUUUAUUUCCUCCCCUUGUUAUUCCCAGCUUAAUUAUAAGGCAUAGAUUUGAGUUGUAUCAAACCAAUGAAUACACUAAUAUGUUUUUUUUUUUUUUAUUUGCAGCGAUAUAUGGAUGUCAGCUCAAAUCUAAGAGAUUUGUAUGAAGAUAAAGAUGGGUAAAACAAUAUUUUUUUAAUCAUUAAGCUAAAGAAAACUAGUUUAUUUUAAAGUCCAUUAUUUUUAAUAACUUAAAAUGUAUACAUUUGUCAUCUCCUGUUUUAUAUAUGUCUAUACCCUAUAUUUUAAAUAUGUUUAUAAUGUGCAUUUUUCAACAUGGUGACAUUUAAGAGUUGCAUGGAUUUAAAUUGUAUUUUUAUCUAUAACAAAAAAGGCUUUAUCUCUCCAGGCUUUCACUGUUUAUUCUAAAAUUGUGGUACUUUCUUACCUUGCAAACGGGUCUGUCUGCAAGUAUAAAUGAAGAUAUUCAUGUUUACAUGAUAUACUCUGAAUCUACUUGCAGUGUCUAACAAAUUGUGAUUAUUUGUAUUUAUAUAUAGAAUACUUUUUACUGGUUUAACUGACGUUUCUAUGUAAUAUGUUUUUAUGUUGAAAACAGCGUUAUUAAAAUAGAUGUAAUGAUUUUCAUUCCAGACUGAGGAAGGAAGAGCUGAAUGCAAUUUCAGGACCAAAUGAAUUUGGAGAAUUCUACAACAGAUUGAAACUAAUCAAAGAAUUUCACAGGAAACAUCCAAAUGAGGUGUGUUGAUUUUAAAUCAUUGCCCACACUAAGAUGAAUAUUUAGAUCUGCAGUAUACCAAAUUUAAAACACAUUUAGUUCAGUGUCAGAACUCAAGUUUGUUAGAAAUAGCACAGUUAUAUCCAAUUAUUCCUAAAAAAAAAAUAAUAAUAAUUUUAUAGCUAUAGAGAGUAGCUAUUCAUGCAAUGUUAAAAAGCUAUGCUACAUGAUGAACAGUACCCAAUGAAAGAUCAGGAAAGAUUUAAGCCCUGGGCUGUUUCAAAUCAUAUGACUGCAUUUGUUAUGCUACUGCUGUUAAAGACAGUCCUCUCACAGACCAGCUAUCUAGUGCUGUGUUUCUACACCUCGCGUAUAUGUAGGUAUGGACCCUGAUAAAGUGAUCUCAUUAUUUAUAUAGCAUUGUUGAGAAUCUAUGUCAUAGAUCCGCGUAGUAAAAAAUCUGACCCUUAACCACUAGUUUAUAAUUCCUAUGAACCACCAAAACUCAGUGAUUAGUAAGGGUUCUUGGAAAAUUUUCUCAACCUAGGGUUUUUUAAUGCGAAAACCCAUUUUAUAAAUGGAAAGAUUAGUAAGCAAUAUAAUUAUAUGCAAUAUCCCUGUGGUAUGACAAACAUUGUAUUUGUUUUUUAAAGAUCUGUGUACCCAUGUCCGUUGAGUUUGAUGAGCUUCUAAAAUCCAGAGAGAAUCCAAGUGAAGAAGCACAAAGUAAGUAAUUGACAAAUGACACACCAAUUGUAAAUCCCCAGUUAUAAUGAGAUGUGGAUCAGAACAUUCGCUUAUUAUAUUUAAAGUGGUACCAUUGAUUUAGAAAAAGGUAAAUCAUAUUUCCAUUUUAUCAAUUAAUACACCUUUUUUAUCACAAUGCCUUACUGGCACUUGCAACUGCUGACUUUGAAGAGUGUUCACAAGUCUUUUUAUCUAUAUGUCUUUCAGUAAUGCUUUACCACUUAGGCUGUAAGUUGCUUGUGUGUUUAUCGCAAAAUGCACACAUUUGAGUUUAUCUACAUUAAAUCGCAUUAGUUCAUCUAGAUGUGUGUCUAGUGCAACUAGUUGCACGUGGCUUUCAGUGCUUUCCUGGGAUCUGUUACCCAUUGAGACAAGUUAUUAAUGUCAGAUUUGAUUUUUUUCCUUGUUCACAGAUUUAGUAGAGUUCACAGAUGAAGAGGGUUAUGGCAGAUACCUUGAUCUACAUGAUUGCUAUUUGAAGUACAUUAAUUUGAAAUCAUCAGAAGUAAGCAUGCUAACAUUCCUUUAUUUGUGCACAAUUAUCCCUCCUGUUGCAUUUAAAAAAAAAAAAAAAAUCUGUUGUAUUCACCCAAGUUUAUGGCUAGGCUCAUGUUGUCCCUUCUGCAUUCUUUUCUUUGACAUGCUAAAUAAAGAUGCCAAUGCUUUUCCUUUUGUCUGUGUUAAUGUGUAAUUAUCCUGCUUUCAAAAAGUUGUGGAUACAACAAACAUAUUUGUUUAAUAGAUAUUUGCAUGAUAGAUUCCAAUAUAUCAAAUGUAUACACAUAUACCCCCAAUUUUGAGUAAUACGGAACAGAAAUAAGUAAGCGGUUACGAUUAAAAUAAAUAAAUAUAGAUAAGAUUUUUUUUAUUUUUAUUUUUUUGGUACCCUGAAAAAUCUUCUAUUGUUUGUACUUAUUUGAUGUUGCAUUUUCAGAAAUUGGAUUACAUCACAUAUUUAUCAACCUUUGAUCAGCUUUUUGAUAUCCCCAAAGAGAGGAAAAACGCAGAAUACAAAAGGUUCGUAUUAAAUAGUAAAUUUUUCAUUGCACUUGUUAGAAAUGGCUAGACAAAGAAAAUUAACAUUUAAAAGAAUAUGCACCACUUUGAGACAACUCUUAUUCAAAAGCUUUAGCUUUGAGACAGUUGCUUCAUUCUGCAAGCUGGGAAAAAAGCAUAUUAUUAUUUUGUAUUUAUAUAGCGCCAUCAAAUUCUGUAGCGCAAGAUAGAUAGAGAUAUAUAUAUAUAUAUAUAUAUAUAUAUAUAUAUAUAUAUAUAUAUAUAUAUAUAUAUAUAUAUAUAUAUAUAUAUAUAUAUAUAUAUAUAUAUAUAUAUAUAUAAUAAUGUGUUAUUUUGUAUAUUUACUAGGGAUCGACCGAUAUUGAUUUUUGAUUUUUUAGAGCCGAUACUGAUGAUAUGUGAACUUUCAGGCCGAUAGCAGAUAACUUGCCGAUAGUCUGUACAUUUACCAUUUUGAAAAAAUAAACUUUUUCUAAAGGUAAAUGCACAAAAUAUACAUGCCACAUGUAGUGGAUGCAGUGUGUUUAGACAUUGGAGUGGUGUGUAUUUGUGUAGUGUGUGUGUGUGUAUAUAAUGAAAUGCAGGGUGUGUUUGUGUAGUGAGUAUAGUGUAGUGAAUAUAGUGUGUGUGUGUUUUUAAGGCAUUUUUUUUUUUUUUUAUAUGGUUAAUUUUUUUUGUCCCUCCUCCUCCCUGCUUGUUUGUGAUUUACCUAACCCAUUAUUAUUUAUUAUAGGGUUAAUGUUGGGUUAUGUUUAAUGUAGCAGGCUGCUUUGAGAGUCCUGUGCGAAUUAUAAGGACUUUUCUCACUAUUCCUAUUGGCUUAGCUCCUUACAAUGUGUGAAGCUGUUUACUUUCAAUUUUUGUUUGACCUUAGAAUUAAUGCAUCUAUUUGUACAUGCUAUCAAGGCAUAACAAUAGUCACCAGGUGCAGGUAUUUUAUUCUACUAUUAUUUUUAUUAAUUACUAGGCUAUUGCAUUCCCUGGUGGUGCAGUGGGGGGCCGGCAGCAAGCUGUGACUUACCUUCCCAGCUGCUCCCUGUGUAAAUCUCGCUGCCUGCUUGCCGCGUGGAGCGUUGCCAUGGUAGCCUGUGGCAACACUCUGCGGCCGCGGUUCUCGCGAGAUUUACACAGGGAGCGGAAGGGAGCUGCUGGGAAGGUAAGUCACAGCUUGCUGCCGUCCACCCCAGGAACGCUGUGCUUGUAAUGGGCCCAGCAGUCAUGGUAUAUGUUAUUGGCAAUAUCGGUAUCUGAAUUGGCCGAUACCGAUAUUGCCGAAAUUACAGAAUAUAGGCAGAUAAUAUCGGUAAAACUGAUAAUCGGUCGAUCCCUAAUAUUUAUUGCUUCUUCCUUCUUAUACUAUUCACACCCACACUGUGGGACACUAAUAAAACCAAUCAGUGUCCUAUCCAUAGAAAUACUGGAAUAGUUCAUUGUGUAUGUCUGACAGAUUUACACUUGUUCAAUUCACAUUGCAACAUCCUGACAGGAGAAAGAGAAAGUGUCUGAUUAGGUUGAUUCAUGCAGAGCAGUGUCUGGUUUCUCUCUCCUGCUGCUGCACAAUGAUGCCCUGUUUAUUAGAUAACUGAUCCAAUACUCUAAUCGGUGUGGAAUGGAAAAGGUGGGAAGCUGAAGAAACUCACCCAGCUGAGAGGUGUUCACAACAAUACAGUCUAACCAAGUUUAUUUCAUACUUUUCAAAGUUUUUCUUGAUUUUGUUUUGUAGAUUUGUUUAAAAGUUUGUUGGUUUAAAAAAAAAAAAAAAGUCUAGUGAUGUAUGUCCCUUCAAAUAUUUUUCGUUUUACCACGGACCUUCUGCACAUGUGGCAUUUUUUUUUUAUUUUAUUAUUAUUAUUAUAAUACUGCUUAGGUACUUAAGUUUUUUUAGGUACACAACCAUCAUUCUUGUUCACUUGCAUAUUCUUUCCAUAUACAUAUCAAACAAAUAUGAAACAAAGAUUUAUUGCAGUACUGUUGCCCCCUCUUUAUGAAAUAUGCCGUAUUGUCUUAUUGGAAGUUCGCUGAAAUUUCAAGCCAGACAAAAAAUAUACUGGGACACAGUAGGGGACUACUUUGUCUCGCUAUUUUUCGUACACUUGACACUAGUGGGAGCUAUCCUCGUCGGCAAGUGUUUAUCCCUUGACAGCUGCAAGGAAAUGGCUCUAUCUAUGGAGGAUCCUUUAGCAUCCUCCAUAGCCGCCUCUGUUGUACUCUCACGCAUCCAUGAGAGUAUAGCAACAAUGUCAUCUCCUAGUACCAGAAGCAGAAUAGGAUAGUGGAGCUGCAAGGGAUAGGUUCAGGUAAAUAGAACUCACCUUUACCACAAUAGUAUUAUAGAAAGUAUAAUCCCAAUCUGAAAUUGUUGUUUGCAUUUGCUUAUCCUGUAGUAAAUGAAGAACUAUUUUACUUUUCUAAAUAUUUCUACAGGUACUUGGAAGGUGUUCUAGAAUACCUUCAAGAUUACACAGACCGGGUGAAGCCGCUGUUGGACCAGAAUGAACUCUUUGGGAAGAUACAAGCAGAUUUUGAAAAGAAGUGGGAUAGUGGGACAUUUCCAGGCUGGCCGGUAAAUUUCAGCAUCAACUUCAGUUGAAUUUGUAUUUGUUUACAGCUUAUGAGAGUUGGUAAUACAUUAGAAACCACAUGAAAAGUCGCAAGAUGCACCCAAUUGUCCCGCACUUUCUUAAGAUUUGGGAGCAGCUUCUGCAAAGCUACAGGUUACUUAGUGCUGUAUGCAAGCCACUAGUUGGUGGAAACUAUUUUUUUUUUUUUUUUUUUUUCCUCAACAGAACACAUUUUAGUGUGUGAUAAAUUUGUACUUAUAUAUUGUAUAAGUGGAGCUAGUUACAGGGACUGUCUUUCACCAUAAACACCCUUAUGAUCCUUUUAAUAUAUUGUCCUUAGCAUAUGUUGUCUGCAGUCUAUGAUGGGUAAGUUGGAAGCUGUAGUUAUAUGUGUAAGUGCAGUUAAAUGGGUGGUUCCUGUUCAUUUUGUGUAUAGUUUGCUGUUGGAAUUGUGUGACAAUUGGUUAUCUGAAAUGUUCUAAUACUAGUAUAUUUUCUCACUUGCAGAAAGAGACAAGCAGUGCCCUCACUCAUGCUGGAGCUCAUUUAGAUCUCUCUGCCUUCUCUUCUUGGGAGGUAGGUACAUUGACAAGUUAAUCUGGUGCAUGUACACCACAAACAUACUGGCACUUUACUUGUUAAUUGUGACUCAAGUUGUGCCUUGUAACAACUUAAAAUUAUAUACCAGAGCCCCAAAUCUUCCCAUGUCAUCAAUAUUUCACUAACCACUGUCAAGUGAGAAUUAAGUGUCAUUGACCCCUUUUACACACAGUGCUGUUUGAAAGCAGCAGUCUAUUGUAACAGUGGAGUUAUAUCUGAUAUUAGUGGCUGUUAUAAGGGGGGUAAACCAACUAAUGUACCACACUAUCAUGAGUUUAAAGAGUGUAGACAUCUGAUGAUCCACCACCAACCCUCACAGGCACUACUAAGUUCAGUACUUCAGACUCCUAGAGAGGCUGAUUAUAAGUGGGUUACAUCAAAAGUAGACUUUCUUUUCCUCAAUUAGUCACAGUGAAUUACUUUUUAAAAAAGCAAAUCAUGUAUUACAUGAUUUAAAAAUUACAUUUUGCUAGUAGCAGAGAAAUGGAAAUUUUGUGAAAUAAGUGUGUGUGUGUGUAAUAUAUAGGUGACAUGGAUUGUGUGUGUGUGUGUGUGUGUAUAUAUCUGAAUGAUAGCACUCCAAGGACUAAAAAAAUUAAUUUGUGGUCUCCUGUCUUUAAUAUGAAACAAAAGCAGAAACAUGUGUUCUUAAAGGGAUAUUCUAAGCAACAAAACAGUUUUAGCUCAAUGAAGCUGUUUUAGUGUAUAGCUCAGGGAUCAACCACCCUUUUUGCAUAUGGGCUGGAUGCCAAGUCUGUAUUUGCAAAGAGGGCCACAUUCAUCUUCAUAGCUAAAAUUGUAAUAUAUUAAUAACAAUAGACACAGGAAACAAGCUCAUUUAUUAAUGCUCAUCUUUCAGCAGUUUAGUAGAUGACCCCCUAAUUUUGUUUCCUUAUGUGAGAUUGCCAUAUAUAAGGAUGCCAAAUUAGAGAACUCUCUACUAAACUGCUGACAGAUCAAAAUAAAAAAGCCCCUUUCUUCUCGACAUGACUCUUCCUCUUCUCAUCCAUGUCACCUAUAAAUUUUGAAUAUAUACAGUUUUAGCAUGACUGUUAAUUUUCAGAACAUUUAAAUAUCCCGCACAAAGCCAUACAUAUAAACAUGCAGUAAUUCAGAAACAGUACUGCAAAAACAUACACUGACUCAUAGAGACACACAUACUCACAGACACACAUACAAACAGUCGUACAAUGUGUGUGUGUGUCUUUGCUAGUUUUUGUGUCCUCCUUUAUGAAUUGAAUUGUAACGACACACAGGAGGCUCCUGCAGGCUAUUAACAGAGCAAUAGAGAAGAAACUGUGCAAUAAGGGAAGUUUAUACAUUAGAUCUUUUUGCAAGAAAUGUGUUGGUAGACUCGAUAUGUCACAUACAGGAGAGGUGUAGCUAGGGCUGCAUAAACAAAGUGGUUUAACUCCCUAAUGGCAGAUAAUUGAGCAGUGAUACUGCUGGGGCAUGGUCUAUACACCAAAACCACUCCAUUAAGUUUAAGUUGUUUUGCUGCUUAUAAAGUGUCCCUUUAAAUAUUCCAGACUUGGUCAAACAAAUGCAUGUGUUUAUCUUCGUACCUUGGUAAAAUCCAAUGUUACAAUUUUACAAUAGUUUUUUCAUUUUUAUAAUUUUUUAUGAACUUUGAGCAUUAAAGUGGCACUUUAAGCAAGCAGUGGUGCUUAUGGUGCCAUGGUCCCUUGCAGCCAUCUCUCUACUAAGAGCCCUGCUGUUUUCAAACGAUCUGACAUACCACCACUAUUGCUGAAGCAAACGUUCUGCUUAAUCUUUAGAAAUAUCAAUUCAAUCCAUCAUUGCAUAACACUUGUUGGCUAAGUGUCAGUUGACACUGCUUAGCCAUAAAGUUCUGUCCAAAGUUGGGAAAAAAAUGUUUUUCUACAGGGGAAGGGGAAUCUUAACUUUAGUGAUAUAUGUGAAAAGAAGCCAAACCAUUGGGCCUCAGGUACAUGUUGGUUCGAAAACAUGAUCUGUAGUAGCAGGAUGGUGCAAAGAGUGGUUAAGGUGCAUGCCCAUUUAACUUAACUAUCACAUUGCGUAAUACACAUUUUUACGCUGUAUAUUGUUUUUGUGGUGGUGCAAGUCCAUUAAAAUCUUGAUUGAGUUCCCUUCAAGGCUUGUAUGUUAAAGAUAGUUUUGUUUUGGUCAUUCUCACAUCAACCUUUAUUUGGUAGUAAUGGUGAAAUAUCCUAGCCCAGCUAGGGUAAGCAUGUCACCUUCGAUUACUGAGUGCUUGCAGCAUUUCUUGUUUGUAACAUUUGAUGUAUUUGUGGUGUGUUCUACACUGAACAGUUAGGGCAAAGUUACAAAAUGUGUUUAAGGGGAUUUUUUUCUUUUUAUGUCCAUGGCAGGAAUUGGCUUCUCUUGGAUUGGACAGGUUAAAAUCUGCUUUGAUGGCUUUAGGAUUAAAAUGUGGAGGGUAAGUAAAUAUUUUCAUCAAUACUAUCUAUGUUCAGUUUAAAACUACUACUUCCCAGCUAAUGAUGUUUGGCAUGCUCAGAAUGCUGCUGUAACAUGUAUGUGUCUACGAUAUAGACACAUGUGUUUGUGUAUGUAAAUCAUAAGUGCCAGAACACGACCUUCUCAAACACUUUACACAGUGCCUGCCCUUGCAGAGCAACCCAUAAUCUGUGAAGAUAGCAGCCGUGUAACAGUCAAUUGGAUUGUGUAUAUGAUGUGUGUAAAGUAUCCAUGUGACUAUAUUUGUAUAAGACUUAUGUCAUGCAGCGUUAACCAUCAGUUGUGCUACAGAAGGACAGCAUAUUUUAGUUGAGCUGUUUGUAGAGUGGAAUGGCCACUCUAAAUGACGCCUUUGUUUACUAGUAUAAGGUUGGUUAACGCCAUAUGUUUUAGGUCACCAUGACACACAGCCGAGUAGCCAUGUGCCCAGUGGUCUAUCUCUAAGAGACAUGACCGUGAAAUAAGCACCUUGAAAUUCUGCUUCACAGUGCUGCCUCAGAGGCCCUCUUAUUUCUGAAUAUUUUUUUUUUCUUCAGGUAAAUCAUGUAACUAAAUUAAAGCUCUUCAUACCACUGCUCAUACGUGCAAUGCAAUUAUUUUAGGUGGUUCUUAUUCACAGAUCAGUACUUUAGGAUAUGAUACCUUGCAAUUAUUACAUAAUGUUAGCUAGUGUACUGUAAAUAUAUUUUUACUUGUGUGUAUGUAUUCAUUUCGUAAUGUUGUUUCCCUUUAUAAAGAAUGCAUUUGUUUUGUUUGCAUUAAUAUGUAUUAUACUUCAUUUUAUAUCCUAGAACUCUAGAGGAAAGAUCCCAGAGGCUUUUUGGCACAAAAGGCAAAUCUUUGGAAGCUCUGGAUACCUCUUUGUUUGCAAAAAAUCCCAAAGCAAAGGGAACAAGAAGGUAAAGUGAUAAAAUCUUCAGUUAUUUUUCAGUGUGUAGUAAUUUAGACAAAAUAACUACAUCUAAAGCAGAGCACUUUUUGUGUUUUGUUUUGCUCUGGUUAUUUCACCCCUGUCCUUUUAUUUUUAUUUGUGUUCUCCAGGAUAUAGUUUUAUUUUUUUUCCCUGUCUUUGUUUUCUUUGCUUACCUCCAACUAUUAUGAACAAUGCACAUUACUGCAGAUGGCCUGUGAUUGUAGACUAAUAUGUACUAGUAGGCACUGCAGUUUACAUUCAAAGACAGACGUAUAUAUUGUUUAAUGGAUUUGUUUUAUUUGAAAAAUGUAUUUAUAUAUUCUGCAGAGACACUGAGAAGAACAAGGACAUUGCAUUUCUUGAAGCUCAGGUUUAUGAAUAUAUUGAAAUCCUAGGGGUAAGUUAAUAAACCAUAACCCUUCUUUACUAUUUCUUAUCUCUUUAAGCAUUUAUAUUUCUCUGCGUGACUUUUCCUAAAGUUAUAGAAGAAUAUUAACCUGUUACAGGGACCCUCUGAGCAACAUAACCAGUACAGCUUGUAGUAGAGGUUAUGUUACAUAAGAGUCCAUUAGUGUUUAAAAAUGGCUUUAAAUUAACAGAGGGUUUUCCUGAAAUCCAGGAACUGCCCUGAUUUUGACUGUAAUGAUUAAGGUUAAGUUGUCAUGGUGCCAGGGGGGCUGGCUAUGUUGUGUCUUCCAAUGUUAAACCAUUUUUGAUAUGGAUUAAUACACCAGUGGAAUUAAUAUUAUGUUUGAAGUAUUAUUUAAUAGUGCAGAGUGCAUACUAGCAGCCAAUGAAUUCUGUGAUUUAUAGAUUAGUUUCCAACUACCUACUGUGCAUGAAACAUGAAAUGCUCAUUUGAAUUUUCUGUUCCUGCUAUGUGCACAAACUGUUGAAAUCUUUUUGGAAGUCUUGUGAGUUUGAAGUUUAUGAUUUGAAGAAUCCUGUUUUAUGAACGGUUAUAUACUUCUCAUUGACAGGUUUUUCAGGCAGGUGGCAGGCUUUCUGUUCUUACAUGGUAUACCUUUCUAUCACUGCCUCCCAGUGCACAUGUUUCUUGUUUUGGGCAUGGCAAAAUACAUAGAAUACAGUCUUACAACUCAGUCUUUUGAGCUGGUUACAGAAAAUACAAAGACCAUUGAAGUGUCUUACCAUUUGACCUUCACUUGUCGUUUUUUUUUAAAUGUGCAAACAUGUACAAAAGAACACUGUGAACAUUAUCAAUACUAUAAUCCCUUAUGUUAUAUUUCUAUUUCUUCUGCUUUUAGGAGCAAAGACACUUGACCCAUGAGAAUGUACAGCGCAAACAGGCCCGUACAGGGGAGGAAAGAGAGGAGGAGGAAGAAGAACAAAUUAGUGAGAGUGAGAGUGAUGAUGAGGAUAAUGAGAUAAUUUACAAUCCCAAAAACCUACCUCUUGGUUGGGAUGGCAAGGUGAGUUGUCCGUAUGCCGCAUCUGUCAGUUGUGUUUAUCCCGCAAAAUCAUCUGUAAUAUAAGAGAAAAAAAUUAUGUGCUGUGAGAUCUCUCACUAUCUUUUUGUGUUUUGCAGCCUAUUCCAUACUGGCUGUACAAACUGCAUGGCCUGAAUAUCAAUUACAACUGUGAGAUUUGUGGAAACUACACAUACCGGGGACCCAAGGCCUUUCAACGUCAUUUUGCGGUGAGCUGCCUACUCUUUCUAUAUUGUUACAAUCAAUUCUGUUUGUUGCCCAUGUUAGUAGUGAGCCAGAGGUCCCAUAGCCUAUCAAAGAUGGUAGUCAUGCAUCUGACUUGUGCAGACAAAUUAUCCAUUAAAAAUGUAUUUUAUUUUGAUCGAAGGUAGGUCAGUUUUUUAGCCAGUAUUGCGCCAUAGCUUGUCUGGCAGCUAAAGUCAAUUUAUGUAAGGGUUUCUGUUCAGGUUUGGGCUAGUCGUCCAAGGAUCUGGAUAGCAGGAAGAUCCAGGGGUCAAGAUUAACUUGGAUAAUAGAUUGCCCACCCUUCCCUAAAAACCUUGGGCUUCCGGACACUCCCACCACAUGUGGACAUAGGUACCCUCUCUGGCCACAUCACCUCCAGCAAAGAUCAUCUGGGGUCUUGUGCAUAUGAAAGAGUUUGAUGGAGCAUAGUCUUAGAAGACUGCUAGAUCACUUUCCUUUUAAUGCUACAAUCACACAGGAGAGGGUGCUUACAGAGUGCUCUGUACUGUGUAAACUGGGAUUUCUUCUUUUGUCAAUAGAGAGAAUCCCUCUAAUUUAGGAGUAUGGUAAGAGUUAAUAUUUAAGCGUUAGAGAAAGUGUAGGGUUAAAUGGCUACCUCAUUGUUUGAAUUUCUACCUGUGGCCCUCCUCAGCUGCUAGUAGCUCAUUGACUCUCAGCUGACAGAUCCCAAAUGAAAAGUUCAAACCAUUGUUAACCCCUUAAGGACACAUGACAUGAUUCCCUUUUAUUCCAGAAGUUUGGUCCUUAACCCCUUAAGGACCAAACAUCUGGAAUAAAAGGGAAUCAUGACAUGUCAUGUGUCCUUAAGGGGUUAAACGGUUUGACUCUUUAGUGUGAGCGGGCACCUUAACCACUACAGAGCUGUAGUGGUUAUGAUGCUUGGUGUGUUCUUUUGAAAGGUAAAAAGUCUAAUGCAUUUCUAACCUUAGAAAUCUAACCUUAUUUCUAACCUUAGAAAUUUCAUUUAAUGCUGAUUAUAUGGUCUAAUUAUUUCAUGCAAACAGCUUGGGUAUUGCAAAAUGUGAAUAGAUAGUUUAUUAAUGGAUCUAAAAAACUGAACCUCCGUGCCAUAUAGUUUGGUUCUCCUGAUGGCACCCCUGGAUACACAUUCUAAUCUUCAUUAGAAAGCAGUAGGUGUGGUCAUAGUUAAAACCGAGUAGCACAAGAAGGUACUGUACAAAAGCUAACCAGAAAAAGUUAUGGACUCUAGGUUAUGGUUGUGUGUUUAUAUACGAUUUGUUGUGUUUUUGUGCUAGGCAGUUAAAGCCAGGUGAGUUAUCUCAAUUGCCAUAAAAUCACAAUAUCAUCCAUGACGAUACAGGAGGGGCGGUGUUAUAUUACAUCCCUCUGCCCAUAACACCCAGUGUCUGACAGAGUAUACUUGCCCAUUGGAUUUUGACUCCCGUGCUGCUUGGCCAUGCUACCAAAUAAAGGUUGAAGGAGCAGCAAGUGACGGGUGAAGGAGUAGGGACUCAAAAGGUUGUAUUGGCAUCGAAAUAAAAGUGGAAGAAACAGUGGAUGGUCUGGGUGACAAAAGUAGGAAAUGUGUAGAGUGAAAAAGAUAGGGGGGGAAAGGCUCAUGGGUAGAGUGAUUAGUGAGUGAGAGGGGACAUGGGCAGACAGAAGUGGGCUGGAAAAGGGACAUGGCAGAGACACAAGUUGUGGAAAGGGGACAGGGCAGCAAGACACAAGUGGGGUAAAAGAGGUGCAUGGGCAAAGAGACCCAAGUCUUGCUAUCACACACAAGGCUCUUUCCUAUUCAUUUAUAAAGUUAAUAAAAUUGCACAUAAAAUAUCUGUUCUGGUGAUAUUUCCUUUCCGAGCAAAAAUCAUUAAACUAGUAAACAGAUGUUACUUGUAUGAAAAUGUAUGAAUUAAAAAAAUCUUACUGAAUUGCGUAUUUUUCUGAAAAAAACGAUAUAUUUGUUACCUUAUAUCAUACAGUCCUAUAGGUAGUUUGAUCCCCUCUCCUUUUUCCUGGGAUAAAACGGUCGAUUAGCUAUCCUGUUUGUAUCUCUGAAAUUACUCUAUUUGCUGUAAAUCUUCCACUUCUUCAGGAAGCAGUCCUGGCUCUCAUUGAAUGCACUUGGUAUGUCUCACAAACUCUUGCCAAGAGUGAAGAUACAGCAUAUGUGUAGUACAUUAUUACACCAAAUUGCCUCACUGAUGUUAUUUCUUGAAGAUGGCAAAAUUAUAGAAAGCUAUAAUGACAAUGUUAGUAAAUUUACAGUUUUCUCAAAGUUUUUAGGCUAUUCCACUAAAGUUUGGAAUAGCAGUGUUUAUCUGGUUUCCUUGUACGAGUCUUUUCAAGCUAUAUGUAUCUUAUUCCCUUUUGGUAUACCACAGCCAACUGUUUCCACAAAUGAUUUACUGCUGCAACAUUUGCUAGUGUGUAUAUUAUGACAGAGUAUAUUGAUUCACAUUUUGAGGGUCUAUCUUCCUAGUUUUAUUGCUCUAGCAGCCCUUGCUUUUUCAUCUUUUGAGUGACUAAAGUAAGUUUUAUAGACGAGAUAACUUAAGGUGUGUCUGUUUUACAUAAUAAGUUAACACUUUUUCAUCUCUCUCCUCAUUUAGGAGUGGCGUCAUGCUCAUGGCAUGAGGUGUCUCGGGAUUCCAAACACUGCUCACUUUGCUAAUGUCACACAGAUUGAAGAUGCAGUUUCCUGUAAGUUUCUAUUUUAUGUAUCAACAAUUGUUGUUGUGCCACUUGUUUCACUCAGAAAUAUUGUGAAAAUGACAUCCAGGUCCAAAGUUUGUCCCUCUAGAUUUCCAAAAUGUCACUUCCUUCACUGGAUUAAUGGGGAUGUCAGUGAAGCGAGACUUAGCUGAGUUUGGGAGCACUUGGGCAUCUCAGAGGGUAGAUGGGACUCCCAACUAUACACAGAAUUAAUAUUUUCCACUCUGAAAUCUAGUUCCAAGCUGGCUUAUGACGUUAAAGGAGGUGGUGUUGAGUGCAUUUUGUCUAUAUGACAACAGUUCAUGAUGAAACACUACGCAUACAGACUCCGAGAACGAUCUCCACUUUCAACCUCCAGUAUCACUAUAAGAGACUCAUUUUAAUGCAGCUGCCAAACUGAGCAGUUGUCCUACAAACCUUGUUGUACUCCUUUACAAGAAGGUUACAAAAAGAAGCACUCGAGCACCUUUUAUAAAGAGAUCACAAAGAUGACCUGGGGAGAAACAGCCUAUUUUUUGUUCCAGACUAAUUUGUAGCACACCUUUACGGAGGCUAUGAAUGCUACUCUUUAAUCAGUUCAUUCUCUCGCUCUUGUGGCUAGUCCUCAGACAUGGAACCAGAUAUGUAAACAAGUUUCUUCAGUGUUUGGGGAAUGAUGGGUUCCUCCUCGUAAAGUAUUGCUUCUGAGGAUUUUGAUACAUUUUCUAAGUAGAAAUUGCUCAGAUUGACUGGUAGAGCAGCGGAGAGUAGUCUGAGAGAUCUAGAAAGUGUUGGGAAUGAGGAUCUAAGACCCAGUUAUCUGGGUAAAAAAAAAAUCUUCCCCUGGGAAUAAGAUUUCAGCUUUUGUUUUCCAUUUGGGAAGAAUGUCAUCAACUCCUAGAAGUAGCACACCAUUUUUGUUGUUUUUCUUUGAGGCAUAUGGGUAGUACAGUACAGAGUAAAAGGCAUGUUGUAGAAUGUAACAGACAUUAUUGGCAUAGUGGGGAUUACUUCUAGAUUAGCCAGCCUCAUUUUUUAAAGUAAAAUAAAAGUAUCAAGCUUGUCAAACAUGUCUUAAUGCAUUAAAUAUUUAGUUUUAGAGAUGCUACAAGACUUGAUGAGUACUAUAUGAGCAUUAACUUAAAGUACAUCCUAGUUUAAUCAAGGAGAAGAAAACCACUGAACAUGUUAUCCCUGCCCCAUCCUGACAGCUUCAAAAAUAUAUGUAAAAUGUGAAGACUAUAAAGGACAAGGCAAACAAGAAUAAAUUAGAGCAAAAUGGCUCCCACUUGUAGCAUGUAGAAAUUGAAAGCUUUAGGUAUUGGGCCUAGGUAAAACAAGGAGUCAUCUGAUAUUCAAAUCCGACUCACAUACUUGGGAACCAUGAUGAGUAUACUGGAGGAUAGCCUAGUGCAGUAAUAUAGCAAAACCUAGGCACCUCUCUCGCCCUGAGCUAAUGUGAAGGCCGGCAUCUCUAGACAACGGACCUGGUUGCUCUGAGUCAAAGUCCUUUCCAUUUCUGGAGCAGCAAGAUGGCUGACGUCCUUCUGCUGGUGUGGCAAUGCGUCUGGUUUAUAAACCUUUAGGCCUUCAGCCCAGGAGUGUGAUCGGUAUAGGGAACAAGCGCUUCAGCGAUUAUUUGGACCAGAUGGGGCUUCCUCUCGCCUCGCUGCUCUGGUUGCGGUAAAUUUUCCAGGGGCAAAUGCGGUGGUCUGGCUGCACACUUCUCCAGCUUCAUCCUAAAGAGGUUGAAGAUUUCCUUCAGUCUCACUAGGAUGUUUACACUGGAGUUGUGCUGAGCCAUCUGGCCUUCCUUGUGUUCUCCAUCUUGGUGAGUUUGACUGCUGGUACUGGCGGUGAGUGAGAGUAUGCUAGACAGCUCAGUGGUUGGCCGGGAUAACCCGCAGCUUAGGCACUGCCAUCCAUUGCCAAAGCUGGAGAAUAGUCUCUUGGUAAAUGUAGAUUAUCAACAGAUUUUACUGAGAUUAAUUUCCUGAAGAGGCUGCACCAAUUUUUUAUUUUUUUUAAUUUUUUUAAAUAUAGUUUUUAAUGUAGGUUUUUACAUUAGAAUAACAGAAUAGAACAAGAUUAUUCUCACAUGACCCUUAGGCAAUAAAGACAAAAUGUUUGUUCUAUUGAACUGUAAAAUAUACAGUUCUGAGUGGGCGCUUACGUACACGUGAAAGCUUACCCUCCUCAUCACCUGGGGCUUCGGGUGUGUUUAUCAUGUGUAUAGAGAUUAAAUGCUCACUCAAUUUUAUCUAUAUUGCCUGUUUGGAACAUCCUGUGUUUUACCCACUUCAUUUUGGAAAUGCAAAUCAGAAUCUCCAUAAUAAGGAAGUUUAAUUUUCCUGUAACUUUGUCCAUAAUAACUGUACAGAUUCAAAGCAGAUUCAUAUUUUGCAAACUGCUGGCUUUCUCAGACUAGAAAACUUGCAUCAAUUUGGUAAUACAAUUCAAUACAUUGUAACACACGUUUCUCUAUCUGCUGUGGCUUAUUUUGUCAGUAACUCUUGCCAAUAUCAUUUUUCAAUUCUUGAGAGAUAAAUAUAAAUAUAUAUAUAUAUAUAUAUAUAUAUAUAUAUAUAUAUAUAUAUAUAUAUAUCUCUAUCUAUCUCUAUAUCUCAAUUAGCCUGCCCUUAGGUGGGUCCCCACUAAGUUCUCAAGCUGGUUUUAGCUCGUUUUAUGCCAUUACAGAGAGAACCAGGCUAUUUGUUUCUCUGACUGAUUCCACCCAAAAGGUAAGAACAGAUCCUAAAUACUGUCCGACGCUCUCUUCAUGAGAGCUACAUCAACCCCAGACUAUCGUUUCAACCUUGUUAGGCAACAUCAGUGAGGUAUAGCCAAUAUCUCUCUAGGCACCGGGAGCAAGGUUUACCCUUUAAACUUAAGGAGAGCAAAAAACAAGUAUCAAGAGAGUGCUGAGAAUGGACAACAGCUCAAUUAGCCUGCCCUUCUUUGGGUCCCCGCUCAGUUCUCAAGCUGGUUUUAGCUCAUCUUGUGCCAUUAGAGGCUAAUUGAACUGUUGUCCGUUCUCACCUCUCUUGCUACCUGUUUUUUUCUUUCCUUAAGUUUAAAGGGUAAUCCAGACGUGGACCCCUUGCUCACGGUGCCUAGUGGGAUAUUGGCUAUACCUCACCGAUACCUUACAAGGUUGGAAUGAUUGUCUGGGGUUGCUGUAUCUCUCGUGCAGAGUGAACUUGCUGGCAUUUCAGAUCUGGAAUUAAAUUUCCUAAUUUUCUACCAUCUUGAGCUCUGUGUUCUUGUAGGACUGGCACCAAUAACCUCCAUUUAUUAUAACUACUACAAUCAGUUGUAGUGCGUUUGGUUCUUGUAGUUUCCCUAUAGUGUCUGUGUAUCUUUAUUAUUUUGAACGCUGUAUGCUGAUCUUUAAUUUGCAUCAUAACCAUACAUGUGACCUCUGAUAUUUUAUUAUUACUUACAAUGUUCCAGCAAGUUCCGUAGCUGUGUGGGAAAUAUGGGUGUUUAAUACACAUUCUUUGUAAAAGUUUUCACUAAUAAUUGAUACAUUGAAGAAUUUUAAGUGACAGAUGGGUGAGCCUAUUGGCAAUUAGUUUGUAGGCUGAACUGGGGGAGGGAGAAAAUAUCUAGCUCUCCAGACAAAAUAUUUCUAUAGCCACAUCUAUUGAAAAAACACAAAGCAAUUAAUUUUCUGGUAGUAAGAAUGGCAUCCUACAGGACACAGACUGCUAGCCUGUGACACCAGUCAUGGGAGAAUCGUAAGAUAGGAGAAACAUUACAGUUGUUGUGCAGGUGUGAAACCAGGAUCUAUAGGCAGUUACAUUCUCGCCCAGACAGAAUGUUUUUAAUAAAAGCUGCAUUAUUUUUCCUCUGCUUUCUAGUGUGGUCCAAACUUAAGCUCCAGAAGGCAUCUGAACGGUGGCAGCCAGAUACAGAGGUAAGCAAAUUCUCUAACAGUAGCUUUUAUGUUAACAGUUGCUUUUCAAGUAUAUCACUAGAAACACAAGAGACUCUAAUCAAAAAAUUUAUUUGCGGUGUAGUUUGAUGCUCUAAAUUACAUCCAAAUCAAUCUCUCUCUGCUUUCUCUAUUCCUUUUUAUUUUGUUUGUUUGGUUUGGGUUCGGAGGGCAGGAAUUGGUCUUUCUUUCUCUCUCGCGCAUGCUCAUUGUGAUGCAUUAUGUUUUGUUCAUCUGCUUAAUAAAGCUUUGAUUAUACUAUCGGGUAUUAAAUGUCAGAUCCUAAGCUACUAUCUAGGUCUAAAUAUUAGUUGCCACAAUAAAUGUGAAUAGUUUUCUCUUUUCUUUUUUCUUCAGAUUAGUGUUUUGUUUUUGUGUGUGUGUGUGUGUGUGUGUGUGUGUGUGUAGAUAUAUAGAUAUAGAUAGAGAUAUAGAUAGAUAGAUAUAUAGAUAUAGAGAGAGAUUAAAUAUAUGUAACAAAUAUUUAAAAAGGAUUAAUUCAAGUGUAUCAUGUUCCUUUAAGAAACCACACACCCUUCCGUCCUGACAUGCGCAUACACACACUUACAAAAAUAUAAUACUAAGACACACAAAAUAAUCCAUUCUUUCACAGACAUAUACUCUGAGUUCUUCACCAAACUGUAUUAUCUGUAAUUUACCAUGGUAUUGCAAAUUUAAAGGCCAAAUAGCCAAAUUGUAAGUAUCAAGUACAUUCAUUAUUUUAUCCUAAAAUAAGCAGUCCCAUAGUGUUCUAUACAAAAGAAUACAUAAAUAUUUAAGUUACCCUAAACCCUUCCUUUUCAUAAACUGCCAGCCAAAUAAUGCUCCUAUUCCUGUGGUCUUCUUUGACUGCUUUUACCUUAUGGUGUGGAUGGAGAGCGUGUUUCUGUUGAGUUAUAGUGGAAGAAGCAGUAUUUCAUACCUACUUCAAGAUGUCUUCCUUGCUUUCUUAUUGCCCUUUGCAAGUAGUCAGAAUAUUAGAUUAUAUAAAUACUGCAUUCUUAAACAAUUUAUAUUGUCUUGAGGAAGCAGAAACUGUUGGUAAACUGUCAGUAAAGUUUUUGGGGGAAAAAUGAUAGUGCCGAUAUUCACAAAUAAAUUAGAGCUAUAACAUGCUCUAAAGUACUGAACAAAAUUUACAGGAAGAAAGCAAUCAGGAGGGAAUGCUUAUGGUUGCAAAAUCCCAUAGUCUAGCAUAAUUUUGUGUGAUUACAUAGAAAAAUGAGGAAGCUGUGAUGUUCUCACUUGGAAACUUGAGUAGUUUGUAGCCAAACUCUGCAUAGGUGUUUAAAACCAAGGCGCUUUAAAUACAACUAAGUGCAGGUGACAAAUAUAGCAGCUACCACACAAAUGUUAUUUUCUCUCAAUCAUUACACAAUUACAUGCAAAAAGGAUAGAAGUGCACACUAAGUAACAAUACAUCACCACUAGCUUAUAUAGUGAAGUACUGAGAAAAUUAACACUUACCCUUUUAGGGUUUAAAAAAAACCAGUAGGAUGAUAUGGAAAAGUGAAACUCAUAUAGUCUAAUACAUUUGGGUAAAGAAAAUGGUGUAAAAUCUAAAUUAAGCACACUCACAUGGACAAGAGCCAGUUAAGAUAUGCUCAAAUCUUAUCCACUUGUGUGUGUGCUUAGGUGACACAUCCCCUCUUCUUUUCUUUAACAUGGGUAUCCUCACAAACAGGGAAAAAAUAAGGAGGAAGGGGGGGGAGAAAGAAACAACAAGGCUCAUGGAGUAAUAAGUUCAAAUAAAUUGAAAUAAGUGAAAUGUACAAAUGGCUUCUCGCCUUUAUAAGAGCCUAAGCCUGACUCUAGAUGCAAUAGCCUUUAAGGGGGCUGCCAACCUUCUUUCAACAGCAACUGUGGAAGAUGAUCCACUGAACUAUUAGUAUAUGCCAAAUUGAAAUUAAUCGAAAAUUGCAUUAACAAUACAUUUUUAAAAACUGAAAUAAGCAUAUACAAGAAAAAAAGUCUUUAUGGUCUUCACGCUUCACGGUGUCCAGUACAGCUUUCUCAAUUGGUAAUUUGUAUUUUGCAUCUAUCAAAAUUGCAAAUUUGUUUUAACUACCACUCUUAAAUUUAGACGGCAUACAAUUUAUAUAUAAUUAUUUCCAAAUGUCCUUGCACUGCAACUUAAUAAUUUCUAUGUAAUUGCUUACUGGGUGCUGAGCAACACUCCAUCCAUCUGCAAAAUAUUGGGCCACACUCUGGGAUUUCCCAAAAAUAUUUCUAUUUAUUGUAUUACAACUCCUUAAAUCAACAUUUCAGUUCCAAUAUGGAACUUUCUUUGGACAUAAAUACAUGUUUUGUCAUUGCUCCUCCUCUUUCAAGGAUAACUGAAUUAUUAACAUUUAUGCAAAUUUACACUAGUAAAAGACUUUGUAAAUCUUCAUGUCUUUAGGGUAAUCGCUACUAACCUUAUCAUUUUCUUGUAUGCUACAGGAAGAAUAUGAAGACUCCAGUGGGAACGUAGUUAACAAGAAGACUUACGAAGAUCUGAAACGCCAAGGCCUUCUGUAGUGCCUCUUCAGGAGUUCCCUGGAUGUAGAUUUGUUUUUGACAGACUUUUCCAUAUAAAAGAUUCAAUCCCUGACUCUAACUGUAGAUACCUGGUGACGUCUAUGGGUCCUUAUUUGGAUUUUUGUUAUUUUUAUUAAUUAAAUCUUACAAAUUAACAAUGUUGUCAGUGACACUUCUUAUAUGUAAUUAUAACUCCAUCAAAGAUAGAUUGUUACACAUUAGUCUGCUACCAAGAGACUUUUAGUCAAACUAUUAGUCUACUUGUCAUUAUUAUUUUAUCAGACACACCCGACCAAUCUCCAAGAUUUGACAAGCAAAAUGUCAGCCACAACCAAAAUGUCAUUUUAAUUUUGUUUAGUUUUUUUUGUCCAAUUAAGAGUUAAAGAUGCUUCCAUCAUAACUUCCAAAAAGAUAAUUUACAGAACAAUGUACCGAUAUAAUGUAAAAUGUUUUAUAUACAAUUGGGUGCAUUAAAAUGGUGGAAUUUGUAUUCAUUGUGUCACAAGCUCUGGUAAUUAAUUAGAUCUUUAAAGAUGUGUGCUAUUAGCGUGUCAUUAACCAUAUUCUAUUUGCAUAUACCGUGUGGUUUUAUUUUUUGUUUUUUUUUU